CAAAUAUGGCGGUGAAAUGUUCGAGCUUUUUGAUAAAAAUUUCGUUCUUCCUGAUUUUCAGCAAUAUUGAUUCUCGAAACUCAUCUGAAAGUGACUUGACCCCAAGAAUCAAUGUCAUCCUUGUUGGUGCGACGGGUGACUUAGCCAAACGCUAUUUAUGGAAGGGAUUUUUUGACAUAUUUUUAACAUCUGGUAAAGGAACUUUGACAAACACCAAGUUACAUUUCUACGGCGCUUCAAGAUUAGAUCCUGAUAAAGGAAGCGUUUCUUUAAAUGAAAUUUUAAGAACUUCAGUAAAGUGUAUGAGUGAUGAAUGUAAUGAGAAAAAGAUGCAAUUUAUAAAUCAAAGCGAAUAUCGGCGAUUGAAACAUUCGACCGAUUAUGGACAUCUGAGUUCUGUUAUUGAAAGUAGUUCUAUCAAAGAAAGAGAAGUUGGCCGUAUAUUUUAUUUAUCUGUUCCUCCAUUUGCCUAUGAAGAAAUAAGUAAGAAUAUCGCCGAAAAAUUGCGUCCAAAAUCAAAACAAACGUGGACGCGUGUUGUGUUAGAAAAACCGUUUGGUCAUGAUUUGAACUCGGCAGUAGAUCUAGCUAAUAAAUUAAGCAAGUAUUGGAAAGAAGAAGAAAUAUACAGGAUUGAUCAUUAUUUAGGAAAAGCUGGCAUUCAACAAAUAAUUCAGUUUAAGGAGAAUGCGGAAUUCUUUGAAACCUUUUGGAAUCAUGAUUACAUUGAACAAGUGAGCAUUGUUGUGAAGGAAAAAGUUGAUGUUAAAGGCAGGAUGGCAUUUUAUGAUAAAUAUGGUGUCAUAAGAGAUGUAUUUCAGAAUCAUCUUACUGAGAUUCUUGCUUUAUUUGCCAUGGAGUUAUCACAUUCAGAUAAACCUGUAGAAAGUUCUGAGAAAUCUAAAGUGUUAAAUGCAAUUAAGCCAAUCACUAUACACGAUGCAGUUUUUGGGCAGUACAAAGACUAUAAUAAACAGUUGAAAGAAGAACUUCCUAACAUAGAAAAUAGCAGUAACACAGCAACAUUUGCUGCUGUGGUCAUGAAGAUCAUGAACAAACGCUGGUUAAAUGUUCUUAUUGUUAUGUCUGGGAAAAGCUUAGAUUCAAGGCAAGCUUUUGUAAGAAUUCAGUUUAAACAUCGUAAAUUUUGUGUUAAAUCCAAUUUAGGAAAAGAUUCAACAGACUGUUUACCAGAACAGGUUGCCUUUUUUAUACAAGAUUUGAUAAAUGGAGAAAAUGUAGUCAUGAAACCUGAAGCUACGGAGCAGAAUGCUUAUAUCACACUCAUUCAUGAAGUAUUUUUAGGGAAUAAAGAGAUGUUUGUGUCUUUGAAGGAUUUGCUCAUGUCAUGGAAAGUUUGGACACCAUUACUAAAUGAUUUAUCAUUAACACAACCAAGAAUUUACUCUCAGGAAUCUUUGCAGGAUUUAGAUUUUGACAUCAUCAAUGGACAAAUAAGAUAUCAGAAGCAAAAUCAUGAUUGCAAACUAUCAGCAAAGUUAAAAUACAUUUAUCAGAACAAGUCUUCCAGUUUUCGUGGCAAAAGGCUUUUAAGUGGUGAUCAAACUAGUGUUGUAAAUAAACUUGUUGAAGAAAUACUUCUUGCAGCUCAGGAGAAAGUUAAGACUGGAAAAAAGUUUCACUUGGCAUUAUCUGGUGGUAGAACUGCUCAACAUAUUUUUCCAGUGUUAGCCAUAAUGAUGAAGCAUUUAUCUUUGGAAAAUAUCCACAUUUGGCAAGUUGACGAACGCUGUGUUGGUUCAAGUGAUGAGCGCUCCAACUUUCAUCAAUUGUAUCAAAAUUUUUUAAAGUUUCUUCCUAUCCCUUAUGGCAAUAUUCAUCCAAUGCCUGUUGAUGUGGCAGGAUUAUUAUGCAAACCAAAUGAUCUGGGUGAUAAACGCUAUGAAAGACUUAUGAAACAUCAUCUUGGUAAUGACAUGCUAGAUUUUGUUGUUUUGGGUGUUGGUGAAGAUGGCCACACUGCCUCUUUAUUCGCAAGAUCAACUGAGUUAACAAGCUCUGCUUGGAUCAAGUUGAGUUUACAUCAUGUGAUCUAUGGCUCUAGAAUGACAAUGACCCUAAAGUUUCUUAACAAAAAAGUAAAAAAUAUUGCAGUACUCAUUCUUGGCAUUAGUAAACAGGAAAUAGUUCAAAAACUAUGGGAUGACCCAAUAAAAACUGAUGAUUUGCCCAUAACUUUGCUACAACCUAUUUCUGGAACACUAACAUGGUAUAUUGAUGACCAGGCUGUUGUGAAAAAAAUGACUUAAGAAUUACGAAAGAAUGUUAAUUGCGACAUUGUUGCGUAAAUAACAAGAAUUAUCAUGACUGUCAUGUGGUUA